AUGCCACGACCCAAGCGAGCGCGUCGCGCACCAACCCAGCCGGUCGCAGCUGCAGCUGAAGUAAGAUCGAGCCCCGCGCCCGCCUCGGGCAGCGACAUCUACAGCCACAGCGAUCGCGAACAUUCUGUCAUAAGGAAGGAGCUCGAACAGGGAGAUGGAAGCGGAGACACAUCUCUUUUCCAGGAAGGCCCGUCUACGCGUCUAAGCAGGAGUUCCAGCCUGCGCCAGAGGCAGGUGCUAGACAAGGCGGGUCACGCAUGGGACGAGACCACGAGUAAGCUGGAGGACGCGGUCGAAACGGCGGCUUCCAAGGCAAAGACCUCCAGCGAACAGCAGAAAUCGGAUUCUUCGGUCGAGUUGGGACGGAAGACACGCGCGACGCCGGUUCAGCAGCGCAGAGACACGACGGGGUUGGAUCUGGACGACGAGAUGUUUACGGGGCUUGACACGACUCUCGGCGACGACGAAGAUGAUGCCGCUGCUCCUCCGAGUGCGCCGCGGUCCGAAGCCUCGACUUUCAGCGUCAGCCACUUUAGACGGAGGGGUCGCGCGCCGAGUAUCAGUAUCAACAAGGACGAUGCGCCCAUUAGACCAAGCAGUCGUGGGGUCGGUGGUACCCCGAGUAUUAGCUCGACCUUCAACAUUGGUCUGUUCAAACGCCGUCAAAGAGAACCAAGUAUUCUGGGUACGGCACAGAAGGAACGUGCACAGCGGCCGAUUGAGUUAUCAUCCGGAUCCGAGUCCGAUGAAGAUGGUGAAGACUUUGAACCUGAGGCGGAGUCGACGCCUCUCCAGAAUCGCCGCAGAACACAACCUCCUCCCGCGACUGAGCUCGAAUCAGAGUCCCAGCAGGUUCUGGCGCCGGAUUCUCAGCCCACAGAGAAGGAUGCUGAGCCAACAAGCGCUAGCUCACGAAAGCGGAAGAGCAUAGAAAGCCACGAGGCGACUGAGCGUCCGGGAAAGGCGUCACGGACUGAAUCUGAGCCCGCGCCUGAGUUGGACGAUGACGACGACAGCGACUCGGAGCUCUCUGAGCUGCCUUCUCCUGUUCUGACUCCCACACGGCCUUCCGCUUUCCCGAGGCCAGUCACCCCGAACCAAGAUGACAUCAUGGCGCCUCCUGAAAGCAGCGACUCGGAAGAUAAUAACGAGGCGUGGCCCGACAUCCGCACACUUGCAAAACAGCGCCGGCGCCAAGCGCCGGCCACACCUACGAGAGAUGGCAACAUCUCUGAUGCCUCCUCACCGCCCUCUCUCACCCAUUCGCCCAAUUUCCCGGCGACAAGGAAUAAGUCGAAGCAGAAGAAGCAGGUCAAGGCGCCCAAGGUCACGACCGCGGAUUUGACAGGGCUGCUGCCGCGCAGACGCGCCAAGAAGAAUCGAGAUCCUUAUGGUAUGGAUGACUCUGAGGAUGAAGACGCGCACAAUUCCGACACCGCCCAGGACGACGACGAGCUUUCCUACGCGGAUACUAGGACUCGUUCUCGGCGGGCAAAGGCGACGCCGCUCAACCGCAGCACAGCCAAUAGACCACCAUCCCGCGGUGGUCGAGCAGCGGCAGCAGCGGGAAAGCCGAAAGCAACGCCGCCAAGUACUCGCGCCUCAACGCGCACUUACAGCCGCAGACUAUCGGACAAGGAGAACGAGGGUGAGGGCGAGGGCGAGGGCGAAGGCGAAGACGAGACUGAGAGCGCCGAAGCAGAGGCAGGAGCGGAGCCCGAAGCGGGAUUCGAGGGUGACAGCUUCGCUCCCAUCCGAGACGACGUUCCCGAGAGCCAAGAGAGCAGCGAUCCCGCGCGGAGUGCCGACGAGCUGAAGAAGGCAACGCGCAAGUUCAAGGAAGUUGAUCGCUGGGAGCUUGAGUUUGAAGAAGUGACUGAGGGAUCAUCGCCUCAGCGAGAUGCGCGGUGA